AUGGCGAAUGGAAUUCCGAUUAUUUGCUUAUUCAAUGGGAAAUUGAGUGUUGGAAUGAAUAAUUUGCCUAUAUAUGAUGGAGGCUCUAGGAAAAUGUUCAUGUUGUCUAGAAAUUGCAAUUUCGAUGGAAUGAUGGAGCAAAUAUACAGAGUUACCAGAAUUAAUCAUGCCGAAAAUGCCAUUAAGAUCUUUUGUAAUUGUCCAAUAAAUGAAAAAAGAACAAUUGCGGUAGAGAUCACCACUGAUGAAGAAUUGAAUGAUAUGAUACAACUUGCGGAUAAACAAAUCGCAAUUGAGUUGUUCAUUGAAAAUAUUCCAAAGUCUAGGGUUGUCGAAGUUUUGUAUGCUCACGGAGAGUUCUCUCGCAUGCUUGAAAGUCAAAUCUCGUUAUCUCAAAGUGCCUUGCACUUAAAAAAUGACGCAGGUGCAACGUCAAGUUACAUGUUUCACAACGUGUAUGAUGAUAUUUCAGUUGAUUUACCGGUUGGUGGUUCUAUAAAAGAAGAGGACGAAUAUGUAGAUGCUGAUGAUGAUAGUGAAGAUGUUGAGUCCGAGGAGGAACGUCUUGAUAGUAUGCAGUUCGCAACUGGAGAGAACAAUGAUGAUGCAAGUUGGAUGAAUGCAUAUUGCGUGAACAACAAUUAUGUAGAGUCUGAAGAACCGUUACCCGAAGAGUUUGAAAAUGACGAGUGGGUAAAUAACUCACAAGCUGAAAUUUUUCCCUUCAAAUACGAACAUCAUAUAUUAAGCUUCACCCGAAAAAAAUUCCUCCCUCCACCAUUAAACCCUCCUAACCCUAGAACCUCCUCCACCGACCACGGCGACUCCGACCCAGCGUCCACCCUCUCCUUCUCUGACCUCGGCCUCUCCGACUGGGCCAUCUCCACCUGCUCCACCCUCGGAAUCCGCCGCCCCACCGCGGUCCAGCGGCGCUGCCUCCCCCACAUCCUCGCCGGCGAGGAUGUCCUUGCCAUCGCCCGCACCGGCUCCGGAAAGACCGCCGCCUUCGCGCUGCCGAUCCUUCAUCGCCUCGCUCAGGACCCCUACGGCGUUUUCGCCCUCGUGGUUACGCCAUCGAGGGAGCUCGCUGUUCAGUUGAUCGAGCAGUUUAGGGCUUUUGGGGCGAGCUUGAAUGUGAGGUGCUGUUUGGUGGUUGGGGGAAUGGGUAUGACGGCGCAGGCUAAGGCAUUGGGGGAGCGGCCGCACGUUGUGGUUGCGACGCCAGGGAGGAUUAGGGUUUUGAUGGAGGAGGAUCCAGACAUUGCGGCCGUGUUUUCGAAGACAAAGUUCCUUGUUUUGGAUGAGGCGGAUAGAAUUUUGGAUGUUGGUUUUGAAGAGGAAUUAAAGGUGAUAUUUAAAUGCUUGCCCAAAACGCGACAAACUCUUCUGUUUUCUGCGACCAAGACGAGUACCUUGCAGACAUUGCAUGAGCUUUCUCCAAACAGCACUUACUUCUAUGAGGAAUAUCAAGGGUUGAGCACAGUUGAGUCCCUUAAACAACAAUACAUUUUCAUACCAAAUAAUGUGAAGGAAGUCUAUCUUUAUCACAUUUUGUCAACAAUGGAGGAAGAUAGUAUCCGUUCAGCCAUAGUGUUUGUUGCUACACGCAAGAGUUGCCAUCUUCUGAGCUUGUUACUGGAACAGCUUGAUCAGAAAGUAGUUGCUUUACAUUCUGACAAUAAUCAGUCUGAAAGGCUUUCUGCACUGAGUCGAUUUAAAUCUGGCCAGGUUCCUGUUCUGCUGGCAACUGACUUAGCCAGCCGUGGUUUAGAUAUUCCAACUGUCGAUCUUGUUAUCAAUUAUGAUAUCCCAAGGGAUCCACCAGACUACCUCCAUCGGGUGGGCCGUACUGCAAGAGCUGGCAGAGGGGGCCUUUCUAUCAGCUUCAUCACACAGAAUGAUAUAGAUCUUAUUCAUGCUAUUGAAGCCGAAGUUAAAAAGAAAUUGGAUGCUUAUGAAUGUAAUGAGAAGAAGGUGCUUGAAGAUAUUACCAAGGUGUUCAAGGCGAGACGGGUUGCAAGAAUGAAAAUGAGUGAUGAUGGGUAUGAUGAAAAAGCAGAAGCUCGAAAAAAGCUCAAAAAGCGCAGGAGAGGAGAUGCUGAAGAAUCAGAACCCUAAAGAUUAAUUGCAAGAAUGAAAAUGAGUGAUGAUGGGUAUGAUGAAAAAGUAGAAGCUCGAAAAAGCUCAAAAAGCGCAGGAGAGGAGAUGCUGAAGAAUCAGAACCCUAAAGAUUAAUUGUAGUAUGGGACUAAUCAGAUGAAAGCUAUUUGAAAACAAGUCAAAAUGCAGUUGCUCUUGCUAUGCACAAAUAUCAGCAACCCGCAAAUUUGAAGUGUUACAGACCCCUUCUCAAUUGAUGGAUCCAAGUUCUGCACGAGGUCGAGAAUAAUUAAAAUAUUAUAUUUUAUUCUUUUUUGGGAAAUUAACGGGCAAACUCGUUCAUAUAUUAUUACAUGGUAACAAUAUAAUGUGUGAUUUGAGAAUGAUGUAAGCUUAUAUUUGAACCUGCAAAUGUCAGGUUUGGUAUUUUUUACAAUUUGUAUAAGAAUUAUGUCUUGCUGCUACGUGCAUGUAAAAAAACUAUUUAUCUCAUAAUUGGGGUUAUUCUCUUA